AUGGCAGAAAGCAAUUCUCCUACCUCGAGCCAGUUGGAGCUUCCGGAAUCCCCCUCUCAAAUCAUCGGCAGACGCAGAAAUCGCCUUUUGAGCAUCAUCAAGCAAAACGAUCUCUCUCUCCUCCGUCAAUUUAUUGCCUCGUGCUCUCCCGAGGAUGUGAUUGCCCCUGGGACACCCUACUUGGAGGACACCUUGUUCAGUGCAGCCUCUUACGGUAGCCCCGAGGCUCUUCGCAUCCUCUUGGGGGUGUAUGCUGCAGCCCCAGAAAUUGUUAAAAAGCUCAAUCCCAAUUUCCGCCUGCUGCUCGACGCAUGUGGUGCAGCAAAUAUUGAUGUCGUGCGUUUCAUCUUGGACAGCCAUGCCGAUCCAGAGAAUCCGUUACCGCUCGGAUCGGUGGAUUUGCAUCAGAGAGAUGACUCCGGAGAUACGCCGAUUCUCGCCGCUGCGGGGUCGCUGAUAUAUCCCGAUGAAGAUGCCGACGAAGUGGAGGAUGAGGGCCUUGAUCGGAAUGAGUGGAUUCGGAAUCGGAUUACGCGAAGCCAUCAGUUGAUCAAUUUUCUUCUCGACCGGGGCUGUUCAGCGACAGAUGUCAAUCCCCCUUUGCCAAAUGGUCUCUCGCCUUGGGGAAAUCAGGUUCAAGACAGUGUGAUUGGACUUUCUGUGUCAACGGGUAGUGGUCCAUUAAUUCAACGGCUCGUUGAUUCCGGUGCCGAUAUAUAUCUCAAACAUCAACACAUUCAUCACCCCAGAGUACCACUUCAGUCCAGUACCACAGACACUCGCACGCAUGACGUGACUACGCUCCAUCUGGCAAGCUUAUUCUAUAAUUCUGAUGCUGUCAAAUUGCUCUUGAAUCAUCAGAAUCACAAGGCCAACGGCAACCCUGACCUGACUUCCUCCUGUGACAGUGACGGGCGGUUUCCAUUACACUGGGCAGCUAGCGGCAGUGCCGAGUCUGAUUGUGGACUCCUGGAUAAGCAGCUCAAAAUCUCAGAAACCCUUCGGCUGCUCCUCGACCACGAUUCUACUGGUAUCAACCUUGUUGAUAAAACUGGAUCUACGCCCCUGCACUAUGCUGCUAGAAGCCACGCUAGAUGCGGUUGCACCCAGUAUGCUGAGCUUGCUAUCCGCAAUUUACUCGAAUAUAAGGCUGACCCUCGGAUCCCCGAUGGCUCGGGCCGUACUAUCCUGCAUCUACUAGGGUACCACUCCCAUCAAGGCGACCCCAUCAACACCACGCUCCUGGAAUCAAUCUUGUCACAUGGUGCCAAUAUCAACCAUACGGAGAAAAACGGGAAAACAGCGUUGCACGUCUUUACUCAGAAUCUGCGACAGGUCUCAGCGGCAAAGUUCCUAAUUGAGCAUGGAGCGGAUUUCAGAGCUCGAAACACUUUUCGCGAAACGCCUUUCCAUGCGGCAGCGCGAGGGUUUUUGAGUGAUCAUGUACGCCGUGAUGGGAGAGAUCCGGAAGUGACAACCGCGAACAAGAUCAGACUUCAGGAUGAGAUUAUGCUUGCUCUGAACAAAGCUGCUGGGGAAGAUGCCGCUAUGUUGAUGAACCAACCAAAUGCGGAGGGUAAAACUCCGCGAGACUUGUUGGAGGAGACCAGAAAUAGGUGGCAGGGGAUAGCGCGGCCCAUAUCCGGCCCUGGGAGAGGCAGAGGUAGAGGCAGAGGGCAGCCAGUAGGAGCAUAA